GCUGAGAUCGGGCUUGGGAACAAGCCGCGGACAGCAGGACGACGCAGAAUCAGGACACGUCAACAUGAAUCGCAUCCUUUCGGUACUUUUGUUCGGGGCCGCCUUGGUUGCGCUCAGCGCCGCCGCCGCCACCGACAGUGAGAUUUCCUUUGAAUAUCACCGCUAUGAGGAGCUGCGGAAAGCGCUGGUGUCGGUCUGGCUGCAGUGUCCGACCAUCACCCGCAUCUACACCGUCGGGAAGAGCUUCGAGGACCGCGACCUGCUGGUGCUGGAGAUAUCCGACAACCCCGGGACGCACGAACCUGGCGAGCCUGAGUUUAAGUACAUCGCCAACAUGCAUGGUAAUGAGGCGGUGGGGAGGGAACUGCUCAUCUACCUGGCACAGUACCUGUGCAACCAGUAUCAGCAGGGCAAUGAGACCAUCAUCAAUCUGGUCCAUAGCACCCGCAUCCACCUCAUGCCUUCCAUGAACCCAGACGGCUUUGAGAAAGCUGCUUCACAGUCUGGACAGAUGAAGGACUGGUAUACGGGUCGUAAUAACGCUCAGGGAAUAGAUUUGAACAGGAACUUCCCUGAUCUGGAUCGCAUCAUAUAUAUCAAUGAGCGACAAGGUGGCGCCAAUAACCACCUGCUGCAGAACAUGAAGAAGGCUGUGGACGAGAACACAAAGUUGGCUCCAGAGACCAAAGCAGUGAUCCACUGGAUCAUGGAAAUCCCCUUUGUCCUCUCAGCUAACCUGCAUGGAGGAGACGUAGUGGCCAACUACCCAUACGAUGAGACUCGCACUGGUUCCAAUCAUGAGUACAGUGCAAGUCCUGAUGACGUGAUGUUCAAGUCUCUGUCUCAGGCCUACUCCAUGUACAACCCAGUCAUGUCCAAUCCUCGGCGACCCCCCUGCCGCAAGAUCGAUAAUGAUUCCAGCUUUAAAGAUGGCAUCACUAACGGAGGGGCGUGGUAUAAUGUGCCAGGAGGAAUGCAGGAUUUCAACUACCUCAGCAGCAACUGUUUUGAGAUCACACUGGAGCUCAGCUGUGACAAAUUCCCCAGUGAAGACAAACUCAAGUCCUACUGGGAGCAGAACCGUGAAUCGCUUGUCAACUACCUUGAGCAGGUUCACCGUGGCAUUAAGGGCUUUGUGCGUGACCUCCAGGGCAACCCGAUUUCCAAUGCUACCAUCUCUGUGGAGGGCAUUGAUCACGAUAUCACCACAGCCAAAGAUGGAGACUAUUGGCGCCUGCUGGCCCCAGGAAACUACAAAGUAUCAGCGUCGGCCCAAGGUUACCUGGCUGUCAUCAAGAAAGUGGCUGUGUCUUAUAGCCCUGCAACCCGGAUGAACUUUGAGCUGGAGUCUCUGGUGGAGAAGAAGGAAGAGGAGAGGGAGGAGCUUAUGGACUGGUGGAAGAUGAUGUCAGAAACACUGAACUUCUAAAGGAUAUGACUGGCUGAUUGGACCGACCACACAUCGAUGUAAUAUAUUCAACAUUUAGUGCGCCUUUCCACUGUAAAAGAAUAUAUGGUCUUUUAUAAGUUUUCUUCCCGUUCACCUAUUACUUUAACGAUAAAGAUGCUGAAAUGCCGAUUUUCAUAGGGGGAAUUCACAGAUAGUGUGGAGUCAGUGAGAUCAGUGUCGAUUCCUGUGGUAUUGUGUUCCUUAUUGUACAAGUGAUUGAUAACCAUAGCACUCAUCAAUAUAGCCAAUGAGUGGCUAAGUAAUUACACAUCACAGUAGCUCUUUUUUAAAAAUCAUUUUAAAUGUCUCUGUUUCAUACAAAAACACAUGUACACAGCAAAUUCAUAAUAAACAUGCACACAUACAAGCUGUCAGGUUAUCUCUGUGUAGUUCCUGUUAAACUAAAAAAAAAAACACCUGAAAAAAAGCCAGUAUAUGGCUCAGAUUAUCAGGGACAUUAAAAACACUGUAAACAAAAGACAAGUUAAUUUCCCUCUAUGUUGUUGAUGUUGAGAUUUUUUUUAACUGAAUGCAGCACAGUUUUGAUUUUAGUACAAGAUAAAUAGUUAUAAUAUAUACUGUAUUUAUGAAUAGCUAUUGCAAGAAAUGUGUGGUUUUGUAACUUAAAAAGAAAAAGGAAAACAAGGCCAAAAGAUGUAUAAAUCUGCUCACUGCACUCCACUCAAAGCCAUCCCUUCAUAGGUUGCACUACACACAGACUUGGACUGUGGUAGAAGUCAUUUUUCAAAAACUCUAACACCAUUUAGCUAAUUUUCUGAGUGGAUAUGUUUUGUUUUUUUAAUUCUGGAUGUAGUUCAAUGUGUGAGUCAAUGGAAAGAAUUUAAUGAAUGUACUGCUAUAGAUAUAGAAACUUAAAAAUGUAGAAGUACCAAUUGAUCAAUAAAACUUCUUUAUGUUGUCACAUUG